CACUUUCCGUCCAAUUUCCACACCGACAGCCUAAUAUAAAUAAAUUUAGCAACAUCACUCACAUUUUCAUAUGUUAUAUAAAAAAAAACAUAACCUUUAUUAUUAAUUCAUUCAUUCAUUCCCAUCACUGCAAAUAUGGUACAACAAACAAAGAAGUUCAGAGGAGUCAGGCAACGCCAGUGGGGCUCUUGGGUGUCAGAGAUUCGCCACCCUUUGUUAAAGAGAAGGGUUUGGUUAGGGACAUUUGAGACAGCAGAGGCGGCGGCAAGAGCGUAUGAUCAAGCAGCAAUUUUGAUGAAUGGUCAGAGUGCGAAGACUAAUUUCCCGAAGAAUCAAGGUGAAGAUGCUAUUGACACUACUUGUGGCGGUGGCAGCGGUGAUGGUGGUGGUGGAAGUAAUAAUGACUCUUUCUUGUCUCCCAAGGCACUCUCUGAGCUACUCAGCACAAAGCUUAGAAAGUAUUGCAAAGACCCUUCUCCAUCACUCACUUGUCUGAGGCUGGAUACUGAUAAUUCUCACAUUGGAGUGUGGCAAAAAAGAGCUGGAUCGCAUUCGGAUUCUAAUUGGGUCAUGAGGGUUGAGCUUGGCGGGAAGAAGAAAAUCGCAGAGUCAGAGAUAGGAUCUUCGCAACACAUUAUCGAUGGUGAUAAUGGUAAUGCUGAUAUUGAAAAUAGGGUGGUAGUAGAAGAAGAGGAAAGAGUUGCUUUGCAGAUGAUUGAAGAGUUACUUAAUUGGAACUAUCCUUGUGGUUCAACUUCAAGCGAUUAACUCUCACCACGAAGAAAAUAGGAACGUUCCAUGUCAUGUCAUGGUUCUUAAAAAAUUUAGCAACUCCAUGCAAUGCCAUGAUUCUCAGCUAUCUUUUUCAUGUACUUUUGUGUUUUCUGUAAAAUAUUAUAUAUAUUGUUAAA